AUGGCCCUUCCUGGCAAAGAGAUUCGACCCAAAAUCAAGCGUCAGAAGAAGGCUGACACUGGACCACCCGGUUCUGCUAGGGCGCGAUUAGCAACUUUGAUCGAUCGCGAGGCUCAAGCAUCCAAAAAUGCACUUUCUGACGAUCCUGUACCCAAUAGUAACACAGCCGGUCCCAGCAAUGCGAUUCAAGAAGACGAAGUAGACCACGAUGAACAGUACGACGAACUCAUAACAGGUGACAACUUAGAAAAUGAAGGAAAUGAUCCGGCAAACGUUGUUCCAAUGAACCGAUCUGAAUACUUUCGAAGCGUCACCUACCAGGAGCGCACGCUUCGUGCAGAAGCCAAAUGGAAUGCUGUUAUCCCCAAGUUAUUUGAUGAAUUCUUACCUUGUAGUCAGAUGACAUUCCAAUGGGGAAACCCUCAAUUAUGGAAUCACGACUGGAACGAUGAAUGUAAAUGUGCAAAUUGGAAGAUACACGAGGUUGUGAUUGAUACGAUCGAUAUCAUCGCUAACAAUCAAGUCUUGCAAGUGUACUUCGGAUUUGGUACGAUUAAUCAACAUGGGCUACAUUGGAUCCUCCCCUACUCUCCCAAGGACGGCAGUUUCCAUACGAUUGCUACGAUUCCACCAUAUACUGUGGAAAUUUUCCAGCGUACGACUGUCUCCUUUUGUGGAAUGCCUCGAUGA